GGGAGGAUAUGGUUGUAUCUAUGGGACGCUGGACCCAGUUUCCAGCAGGUGUUGCUCCCCACCAAUAGAUGGAGCUUGUUAUAAAUAAAAUUAAAAAAAAUAAAAAAUAAAAUUGAAUUUAGAGCAGACACAAGUGUGGAAAGCUCUGAGAGCAGAAAACCGAGCUUGACCGCUAUGGCGCCCGGCCAACCUGCUUGUGAUGAUGGAGACGAUAACGCAACUGCCGCUGCCGCCAUCGCCAUCGACAGACCCCGCCACUACAAGGAUCUCGAAGACGAAGCGGCGUUCUUAUCCGUUGCCGAUGACGAAGGGCAGAUUUCCAUCGGCGAGUUUGGGUCGCUGCUUUCUGAGCAGAGCGCGCGAGAAACAUUUCCCCACCUGCAGAACUUCCGCAAGGCAAGGUUAAGAGGCUUUCGUCGGAUCUUUGCACACGUGGCGCCAAUCUUCUUCGAGAACGGAGUGCCUAACAUGGAGACGAAGGAGAUUGCCAGCCUAAGCGUGGAGGAGGUCGAUGACGUCAACGCCUCGCUCAUCAUCACCCUGUUCGAGAUCGAAGACAAGGAGGUGCCAAAGUACAUCAAGCAAGAGCACGACUUCCGGUUUCUUGUCGUUUAUACUGAAGUUGUGUUGGAAGGGGAGGAGGAGAGGGAGUGGAGGUGGAGGGGGAGGACGGACACGUGGCAGAGGAGAAGGGGAGAAAGGAGGAGGAGGACGCCAAGAAGAAAGAGGGAGAGGGAGAGGGAGAGGGAGAGGGAGAGGGAGAAGGAAAAGAGGAGAGAGGCCGAGGGAGGAUUGCCCCCCGGCCCGCCGUAGUGUGUGCACGAUGGGAUGGCGAGAGUUAUCGUCGGAUUCGCUGCCAAGAUGAUGAAAAGUAUUACCGUCUAUACGACCGUCAUGGAGUAGACAGAGUAUGGCACGA